AGCAUCUCAGCACAACACUCCAAGGAUUGUGUAACAGAGAAUGGGAUCCAGUAAUUCCACUCCGACUCAACAUCCUCCCUCACGAGAAUUCCAGAGGCCUUGGAGACCAACAGAUUGGAGUGAAAAAGAUGAACUACUGCGUUAUGUGAAUGAAUUCAAACCCAGCUGUGAGGUCCUGAGGAUCAUGUUGUAUGGACCGGUUGGUGCUGGGAAAUCAUCCUUCAUCAACUCGGUCCAGAGAAUCAUAUUAGGCCGCAAUGCCAUGAGCGCUCUGGAAAACUCCUCACGUCAAGGAACAAGCUUCACAAAAAAUUUUACCAUUCACACGCUGAAGAAGGGCAGAGGUGAGCAUUAUCAUCUAGAGAUUGUGGACAUCAUGGGGAUUGAACCGUUAGAAGGAAUCAAAUGUGCCGACAUCAUCAGUGCUUUAGAGGGACAUAUUUUAGAUGAGUACACGUUUAAUCCUGUGAAAGCCAUAUCUAAUGUUGACCCAAAAUACAACAAGGACCCAACUUUGAGUGAUAAAGUUCACUGUCUGGUGUGUGUUCUGCCUGCGGACUCAGUCUCAAGAAUGGAAGAUGAUGUCUUUCAAAAAAUGAAGCGUGUUAGAGCUCAUGCUAGCCUGCUUGGAAUCCCUCAAGUUAUUGUCAUGACCCAAGCGGAUAAAGCGUGUGAGCUGGUUAACCAGGAUUUAAAGAAAAUCUACUACAGCAGGAAGAUCAAAGACAAGGUAGCGGAGUGCAGUGAUAAUGUGGGCAUCCCACCAAACGCCAUCUACCCUGUAAAGAAUUGCGCUGAAUCCAUCACCCAAGAACCAGACACUGAUGUGCUCAUCCUCACGGCACUCAGAGAUAUUUUACAUUUUGCCAAUGAUUAUGUGGAACGAGAGAUGAAAAAAGAAGAGUCAUGAGAGAUAUACAAAUAAAGUAAGAUGUUGAAUAAUCUUCAAGAAUUUAUAGCUUAGCGUAGAAAAUAGUCAGUAAUAAUAAAAAUGCAUUGAUAUUAAAAGUAUAGUAGACAGAGCCCAGUAGAAGUGCCCAAUACAGGGUUCUUCAGAAAAAAUUAAGUCUAGAGAACCAUCGCUUACCUAUAAAACUAAGGAAAAUGUCGUUUCAGUAAGAGACAAUGUUAAAAGAUAGCUGAUAUAAGAAUAAGAAAAGUUGAAGGAAUAGUUGUCAUUUUCAUAAUAAUCACUAAACAUUUGGUUUCAUUUAACAAUAUGGCCUCAAUACUUCCUUUUUAUCGCCACAAUUUUGUGUUACAAUGAAAUUUCAUUAAGCUGCAACUUAAUUCAAAAUAAUUGCUGUUGUUCUGUCUAAAUGUUGCAAUUUGUGCUGAGCUGUGAGCAAAAUUCAAGUAGACUCUCACUUCAUCUUUUAAAAAACAGGGCCACCAUCUCUCUUUCACUUCAUUGGUAAAAUAAGAGAUAAGAGACACUGCCGCAAACAGCCGUCCAAACGUUUCAAUUGUGUACCGCAACAGCUAUAUAUGGUUAAAAUGACAAUAAAAGCUUCUUGACUUGA